AUGAAAACUAAUCAGCCUCAUUUCUUCCUUUUCUUUGUCUCGCUCUGUGUUAGUAUCAUCAUCAACCCUGUAGUCCAUAGCAAGUGUAUACCAGACCAGCAACAAUCAUUGCUCCAUUUCAAGAGCGACCUCUUAUUUAACGCCUCUCUUUCCACCAAGCUUAUUACCUGGAACUCAAGUACCGAUUGUUGUUCUUGGGUCGGCGUUACUUGCAGCACCAAUGACAGUGUUUCGGGCCUUGACAUCAGCAGUGAAUCUAUCUCAGGUGGUAUUGACAAUUCUAGCAGCCUCUUCCAUCUUCAAAAUCUUCAAAGCCUCAAUUUGGCACACAACUACCUUGGCAACGACUCUCAAUCAAUUCCAUCAGCAUUCGGGAAGCUCAUGAACUUGAGGUAUCUGAAUUUAUCUCACAAUUAUUAUUCAGGGAAAAUUCCGAUUGAGAUCUCACGCUUGACGAGGUUGGUAGUUCUUGAUAUUUCUAAAUUGUCUUCCUUCUUCUUUGAGGGGGAUCCCCUUGAGAUCCCAACUUUACACAUGCUGGUAGAGAACCUCACAGAGCUUAGAGAGUUGCACCUUGACUCUGUCCAAAUAUCAGCAGGGGGUAGUGAGUGGUGCCAAGCCAUAUCAUCUUCCCUUCCCAACCUUAGGGUGUUGAGUUUGUCCAGUUGUAAUCUUUCUGGCCCUUUCCACGAUUCUCUUGCUAAGCUCCAGUCCCUCUCUGUGAUUCAAUUGGACUCGAACAACAUCUCUGCUCCAGUUCCGACAUUCUUUGCCAACUUUUCAAACUUGACAUCCCUGGAUCUCGCAGAUUGUAAUCUGCAGGGAACAUUUCCGAAAGAAAUCUUUCAGUUACCUUCCCUCCGUAAGAUUAGCGUUUCCAGAAAUGAAAACCUUGAUGGUUCCUUGCCAGAAUUCUCAAAAAAUGGUUCUCUUCAGGACCUGUAUCUAUGGGGGACUAAUUUUUCAGGGGCAUUACCAAACUCUAUUGGCAACCUCAAGAUGCUGUCCACAAUUGGUAUCGAAGGCUGUAAUUUUACAGGAUCAAUCCCCAAGUCGAUGGCAAACCUUACGCAAUUGGUUUACUUGGAGAUGUCUGGAAACAAGUUUGAAGGUUCAAUUCCGUCAUUCAGUGGGGCCAAGAAUCUAGAGCGCAUAGACCUCUUUUCAAAUGGUCUAACAGGUAAUAUUAAUUGCAUCCCCUGGAAAAACUUUUCUAACCUAUCCUAUCUCGACUUAGGUGGAAAUAUGCUCAAUGGGAAUAUUCCAUCAGCUCUGUUUUCUCUUCCCUUGCUAGAGACUCUAUAUCUUGAUGAUAACCAAUUCUCUGGUCAUUUUCCUGAAAUUUCUAAUAUCUCAUCAUACUUUCUCAAACGACUUUAUUUGAGUAUAAAUAAUCUGGAAGGGCCAAUACCCAUGUCUAUCUUUGACUUUCAGGGUCUUGAACUUCUUUCUCUUUCUUCAAACAAUUUCAGUGGCUCAUUUCUUCUGGAUAGUCUUCAACAUCUCAGAAAUCUUUCUUAUCUUGAUCUUUCACACAAUAGCUUGUCUCUUAGCCAUGAUGCUACCAAUUACUCACACUCCUAUUUUCCUCAAUUUGAAUCCUUGGGGUUGGCUUCACUGAAGUUAAGAACAUUCCCUCAUUUCUUGAGAAAUCAAUCUCAAUUGGUGUAUUUGGAUCUUUCGGAUAACCAAAUACAGGGCAAUAUACCCAACUGGAUUUGGAGGUUCGAUUAUCUCUCUGACCUAAAUCUUUCAUGCAACUCUCUAGAAACUCUUGAAGGUCCUACAAUCAAUCUCACUUCUCUAGAAUUCCUUGACCUUCAUUCUAACCAGCUCCAUGGGAAAAUCCCAAUUUCAUUGUCACCUAACAUGUAUUAUCUAGAUUACUCUAGGAAUAACUUCAGCACUAACAUACCGACUGCCAUUGAAGAUCUGCUUCCUAACACUCGAUUCUUCUUUAUUGCAAGCAACAACCUACAAGGGAUCAUUCCAGGAUCAAUAUGCAAUUCACAUAACCUUGAGGUUCUUGAUAUGUCCAAUAAUUCCUUGAGUGGAACGGUUCCUCACUGCUUGACUACAAUGAGCACCCUUUUAGUACUGAAGCUAAGGAGAAACAAUCUUAGAAAUGUAGCCAAGUUGUCUCUCAAUUGCAGUUUGCAAACACUAGACAUUAGUGAUAAUCAGAUACAAGGUCAGUUGCCAAAAUCACUUAUCAACUGUCCGCAGUUACAAGUUCUAAACGUUGGAAAGAAUCAAAUAACAGGUCCAUUUCCAUGCUUUUUGAAGAUCAUAUCUACGUUGCAUGUCAUAGUCUUGCGAUCCAAUAAGUUUUAUGGAGGCGUUGGAUGUCCCAAGACUAAUGGCACUUGGCCAAUGCUUCAAAUUAUAGACCUAGCUCACAACAAUUUUAGUGGAAAUGUACCAGGUAGAGUUUUGACAACUUGGCAAGCAAUGAUGGCUAAUGAAGAUGAUGCCCCAUCAAAGCUCAAUUACCUUCAAUAUCAUGACAAAAAUGGAACUAGUAGUGAUUAUUAUCAAGAUACUGUUACAGUUACCAACAAAGGUCAAGAGAUGGAGUUGGAAAAAAUACUUACAAUCUUCACCUCCAUUGACUUCUCAAACAACAAGUUCACUGGAUCUAUACCCGAUGAAAUCGGAGAACUCAAAUCACUACAUGUCCUCGAUUUCUCAAACAAUGCUUUCACAGGUGAAAUUCCAUCAUCAUUAAGCAACUUGAGCCAGCUAGAGUCUUUAGACCUCUCACAUAACACCUUGAGUGGUCAAAUUCCAGUACAGCUUACAAAACUCACUUUCCUUUCAUUCUUGAAUCUCUCAAACAAUCAACUCGAGGGCAGAAUUCCGAGCAGUAAUCAAUUUCCAACAUUUCAAAAAUCUUCCUUUGAAGGAAACAAAGCAUUGUAUCUAAGGCCUUUACCAUGGAAAUCUGCUGGAAGAAGAAGUAAUCAGCCUUUUGAAUAUAGUGAAGACAACUUUUUCUAUGCAACCACAUCUUAUGGAACUGAAGCAUGCAUGAAGACUGAAGAGGUCUAUCUUUGUCUUACUCCUGAUGCUAACCUCAUUAGAGAUAAAGUUACUUUGUCACUUUACUAUGACACUUUGAGCAUAUCUUGUGCUACCUUCAUUGUAAAAAAUCUUGCUAAGAUUUUCGAUGAUGAUCUCAUCACCAUCAUUAAUCUCAGAUUGGUUCCUUGGGGUGAUGCAUACACCAACAAAUCGAACAACAACACUGCUUUUUGUCAGCAUAGGCCAGAUCAGUGCAAGUUGAAUUCUCUACAAUCAUGCGCUAUCGAUGUUAUGCAUGAUGUGCUUGAACAAAACUAUGGCAAUGAAAUUAUGCACCUCAAUCCACCUCUAGAGUUUGUAUCAUGGCUGGUUCUAAAUAAUCAACCUAUUAGAAAUGACUAUGAAAAGUUUGUCGGCUAUGUGUGCAAGGCUUACAAAUGUAAAAUUGUGCCCAUGACAUGUCAAUCUGUGCACUUGAAGCAAAAGACAGAAUAG